AUGCAAAAAAGUAAAUUUAAAUACAUGAUUUUCAAGAUAUUAGCUUUAGUAUCCAUUCUAAGAAACAUCAGGAGAAUUCAUAGGUCUAGAAAUUCAGUUUUGGAGAACUCUAUGCUGCUGAUUGCCCACCCUGAUGAUGAAUCAAUGUUUUUUUCACCCUUCUUGUUUUACAACACUCCUAACAUUAUUCUUUGUCUUUCAAACGGAGAUUUUAACCUGCAGGGAGGCAAAAGAGAAGAAGAAAUGCAAAGACUGUGCAAACAGAGAGGAUGGAGUCUUAAGAUUCUUGGCUACAGAGAUGGUAAUGAGUGGAAUGUUGACAGAAUAAUUGUUGAUAUGUUAGACACAUGCAUCAAAUACAAUAUUAGAAAUGUCAUUACUUUUGAUCAAAAUGGAGUUUCAGGCCACAAAAACCAUAUCUCAUGCUACAAAGCAGCCAAGAAACUCAAUAGGCUAUUAAGAAAUCAACACUUGAAGUUUUACUGUCUCAAAAGUGUCAGUGCAUUUGAAAAGUAUAUUUACUCAUUUGGAAAAUCAACACAUGAAAUACCAAUAUACUCGUGGUUUGGCAUGCAGAACAUGCUUUUCCACAAUUCACAGCUAGCAUGGUUUCGCUACUUGUAUAUUUUUUUCAGCAAUUACAUGUAUUUUAAUGAAAUCCAUGAAAUACCUGAGUAA